AUGGCUCAUUUCUCCCUACUUCUCCAUGUAUCAAUUAUCUUGAUCCAAUGUUCACAAAGUCUUGAAGCACAGGUAAACCUAGGCCCUCGAAGUUGUCAUGAAGAUUUAAAAGAAAAGACUGCUAUGUGUGGUAGAAUGGGUUUUAAGUCUGUUCCUCAACAUCUCCCAGAUGGCAUCGAGGUUCUACAACUGGAAUACAACAGCAUCUCUUCUCUACUGAAUUCUUCAUUCACAAGAUAUCCUCUCAUUGCCAAGCUGGAUCUUUCCACUAACGACCUUAGGGUGAUAGAAACUGCAGCUUUCCAUCCUCUGAAGAAUCUAACGCGACUGAUCCUUUGUGGUAACCUAAACCUUUUGAUCCAAGGUACAGGUAUCUUCAAAUACACGAAGAAGAUUUCGUACUUCGAUAUGUCCGACUCACUUAUGGGAUCGAUACCCUAUGAUAUGUUGGCAUGGAGUCAAAAUGUGGAUACUUUGAAUCUCGAGUCUAAUCUGCUCACAUCUAUAAACAUGAGCUUGUGUGGAAGGGCAAAGACCGUCGAUCUGACAGAUAACAAGAUAAUAAGAUUAACAUCCAAUACUUUCAAUUUCUCCUGCAACACCGAUACUUUGGAUCUAUCUUGGAACCCCAUCAGAUCAGUCGAUCCAAACGUUAUUGCGUCCCUUCAUGUGAAAUCUUUAAGAUUUCAAACUGAUGUUAUCACUACACAAACGUUGAGUAGCAUAUUCCUCGGAAUCUCGAAUUCUUCAACAUUGUCAAUAAAAAGUUUACAAAUAUCCCGUGGUACCAAAAUCAACUUUUCUUCGCCAGGUCUAUUCGAUCCACUGCGAGAUGGUUCUCUAGAAACACUCGACCUCUCUCAGAAUAAUAUACGCUCUCUACAUCCUUAUAUUUUUUCAAAUCUGACAAGUGUGAGGAAAUUUAUCCUUACUUACAACGAUAUCAUUGCUGUCCAACCCGAAUUCUUCUUCGGCAUGCAAAUGCUAAGAAUGGUGAAUGCAGAGUUUUUCGAUAACGACCUUUGGGACCCAGGCAUGAAUACAUCUCUUUUCGACGGUCUGUUCAACCUCAAAACUUUGAAUCUGAGCAAAAGUCAACUAUCGAAUUGGCAUGAUGGUGAUAAUCUGCCGCCCGAAGUUUUGCGACAGCUCUCCGUUUUACAAAACCUCUCUCUGGAAGACUGUGAUUUGUCAGACCUUCAUCCGGGAGCUUUCUCUGGAUUGAAAUCACUUCAGGUACUUAUACUAAGAAACAACAACCUAGAAAAGCUAUCGGCUGUUCUUUUCAAGCAAUUACUUAAUAUAACAAUCAUUGACCUCAGUGAUAACCUUCUGAUGGACCUUGAUCGAGGGAUUUUUUCCAGCAACCGAGAACUAAAAACACUCCUUCUUUCAAAUAACAAAUUAACGCAUCUCGACCAAAGUGCCUUUAAACCGAUACAAACUUCUCUUUUAUCAAUUGAUAUAUCAACUAACCCCAUAAAUUGUAACUGUGAUAUAAGCUGGCUCAUGAACUGGUUAAGCAGAUCACUUAUCCUCCAGAAUUCCAAUAAAACUAUUUGCGCAUCGGAUUCUUUAGUGCCUCUACAGAACCAGCACUUGAUUAAUUUUGAUCCUAAAGAGUUUUGUAGCAUCGACAUCGUCCUCAUCUGCCUUCCUUCCUUGGCAAUCAUCUGCCUAAUUUUGAUCAUUGGACUCACGUAUCACAACCGUUGGCAGUUAAGGUACAAAUUGUUUCUUGUGAAACUAGCAGCCAUCGGCUACAAGGAGAUGCGAGAUGCUCGGGACCAUAAUGACUAUGAGUUUGAUCUGAACGUCAUUUUUUACGAUGACGAUGAAGACUGGAUUCGCGAACAUCUCCGACCUGCUCUCGCAGAACGGCUUCCGCAGUUUCAGAGAAAUGUCUUUGGCGAUGAUGAACUCGUGUUGGGAAUGUAUUACUUAGACGCAGUCGACUACGUGGUGAGCCACAGUUACAAGACCGUUGUUAUCCUCAGCAGAGCUGCAGUUCGUGAUCGAUGGUUUAUACUUAAAUUCCGUACAGCAAUGGACCAUGUCAGUGAUACCGGAACAGAAUUCGUAGUGGUGAUCUUCCAUGAGGACAUACCAGAUGAUGAGAUGCCAUUCUUGGUGAGGUUGUUCCUCAGCGAUGGCAGACCUUAUAUUUACUGGACAGAUGAUGUGAGAGGACAUGAGUAUUUCUUCGAAGAAUUAACCAAACAUCUUACCAUUAAUCUUCGCACCAAUGAUAGGCUACCUGUCGAAUAGG